CCUGGUCGGCGUGAUCUUAGUCCCAGCCAACAUCUCUCAUCGUCCAUCGUCUUCUUGAGUCUUCUCCUUUUCAUGGCUACAACCUCUUCACGUAUCUCUAAGCAGUCCUAUACUCAAAAUGCAGAUUUGCCAUUAGUAGAUGAAUACACUUCACCGGAGGGCGUUGCAAGCUUCAAUGCCGUGCAGCGUGAUCCAAACUCAUGGGCAGGUGCUGCGCCCGCUAGUCAAGGCCUGUACGACAAUGAGAACGACAAGGACGCUUGUGGUGUGGGCUUCAUCUGUCAUAUCAAGGGUGACCCGAGCCACAAGAUAGUCUCAGAUGCCAGACAGCUUCUCUGCGCUAUGACUCAUCGUGGAGCUGUUGGUGCCGAUAGUCGAGACGGAGAUGGUGCUGGCGUUAUGACAGGUAUUCCGCACCAGUUUUUCAAGAGAGAGGCGGAAAGAGAUCUUGGCUGCGUCCUGCCGGAGCCAGGUCAAUAUGCAGUGGGAAAUGUGUUCUUCAAGCCUAAUGAUCCCGUGGAGCUUCAAAGACAGCAGAGUAUCUUCUCAAAGCUUGCUGAUGAACUGGCUCUGCGGGUCCUUGGAUGGAGAGAAGUCCCUACCGAUGGCUCCAUUCUCGGCCCCGCCGCAAGUAGCAAAGAGCCGCUGAUUCUCCAGCCUUUUGUUGUACUGCGAGAACAUUACGGCGAUGGCAACGUGUGUCAAAAUGGCAAGUUCGAUCAAAAACAAUUCGAGCGUCAACUCUAUGUCCUACGCAAACAUGCCACUCACCUGAUUACACUCGCCAAGUGGUUCUAUGUAUGCAGUUUGUCGACGAAAAACAUAGUGUAUAAGGGGCAACUUACCCCACCACAAGUCUACAAUUAUUAUCAUGAUCUAAACCAUGUUCUGUACCGAUCUCACUUUUCACUCGUGCAUUCGCGAUUCUCGACAAACACAUUCCCGAGCUGGGACCGAGCGCAACCACUACGAUGGGCUGCCCAUAAUGGCGAAAUUAAUACAAUUCGCGGUAACAAGAAUUGGAUGCGUGCACGCGAAGGGGUCAUUCAAUCCGACUUUUUCGGUGAUCAGCUUGACCUUCUUUAUCCAAUUAUCGAGUCCGGCGGCUCGGAUUCUGCAGCAUUCGACAACGUGCUCGAGUUGCUUGUUGUGAACGGUGUUAUAACACUUCCGCAAGCUAUUAUGAUGCUCGUCCCAGAAACGUGGCAAGGGAAUGACCUCAUGGAAGCGGAGAAGAAAGCAUUUUAUAACUGGGCAUCUUGUCUUCAGGAACCAUGGGAUGGCCCAGCUUUAUUCUCUUUCAGCGACGGGCGCUAUUGUGGAGCUAAUCUUGACCGUAACGGCCUGCGACCGUGCAGAUACAUCGUCACAAAUGAGGACAUCAUGGUCUGCGCAUCUGAAGUUGGGGCGGUCUUCAUUCCUCCCGAAAAAGUCGUUUCAAAAGGCCGAUUAAAGCCCGGACGCAUGCUUCUUGUAGAUACGGAAGAGGGACGCAUAGUUGAUGACAAGGAACUCAAGCUCGCCACGGCACGUUCAAAGCCAUUUGCAGCAUGGAUUGAGUCAAACACGUUGCACGUUCCGAACAUUGUCAAACGUGUAACACGUAUGCAUUCUGUAUCUCCGGUAAUUGACGAUGCCCCGCUCAGCACAGAUCCAAAGCUUCUUGCAUUUGGUUAUACGAUCGAGCAACUUCACUUGCUUAUGCUACCCAUGAUGACCGACGGAAAGGAAGCACUUGGUUCCAUGGGCAACGAUGCACCACUUGCAUGCAUGGCGACACAACCGCGAAUCAUAUAUGAUUAUUUCCGUCAGCUUUUUGCCCAGGUUACCAAUCCACCAAUUGAUCCAAUCCGCGAAAGUAUUGUUAUGAGCCUCGGUUGCUACGUUGGACCUGAAGGCAAUCUUUUGGAGAUGAAGCCUGAGCAGUGCCACAGGAUUUUUCUGAAAUCGCCCAUACUAACGAUCGAAGAGAUGAAUGCGAUGAAAAAUCUGAAAUACGCAUACACAAGCUGGCCCUCGAUUACAAUAGACAUUACAUUCCCCAAAUUCGAAGGUCUUCCAGGCUACGUUGCUGCGAUCGACAGAUGUUUCAAUGAGGUUUCUCAGGCAGUGGAAGAAGGCGUCAAAGUGAUUAUUUUGUCUGACCGGGCUGUUUCCUCGGACCGCGUACCUGUCUCCGCUCUGGUUGCUUGUGGCGGAGUUCACCACCAUCUUGUGCAGCACAAAAAGCGCUCCAAGGUUGCCCUCAUGGUAGAAACUGGAGAGGCUCGCGAAGUACACCACUUCUGUGUCUUGGUAGGCUAUGGAGCUGACGCAAUCUGUCCAUACCUGACGAUGGAAGCUAUUCACAAGGUUGGCAGGGAGAAUCUAAUUAAGAAUGAUAUGACCGUUGAACAGCUCAUGAUUAACUAUCGUCAUUCAACCGACAAUGGUAUAUUGAAAGUGAUGAGUAAAAUGGGUAUUUCCACCCUGCAGUCAUACAAAGCGGCACAAAUUUUUGAAGCUCUUGGUCUCCAUGAGGAGGUGAUUGCUAAAUGCUUCAUUGGAACUGCGAGUCGCGUUCAAGGCGCGACAUUUGACCUGCUUGCAAUGGACGCAUUCGAAUUACACGAAAGGGGUUGGCCCUCACGCGAAACCAUCAUUCCGCCGGGCAUGCCAGAAUCUGGGGAAUACCACUGGCGUGAUGGCGGAGAAGCUCACGUCAACGAUCCAACUGGUAUCGCCAAUCUGCAAGACGCCGUGCGCGAGAAGAACCAGACUGCGUAUGACUCGUACGCGAGGAACGCAAACGAACAAGUCAAGAGCGUCACGCUGCGCGGCUUACUCGAUUUCAAGUUCGAGGCUUGCACACUGAUUCCUAUUGAGCAGGUGGAGCCCUGGAACGAAAUCGUACGUCGGUUUGUUACGGGUGCCAUGUCUUAUGGGUCCAUCUCCAUGGAGGCGCAUUCAGCCCUUGCGAUAGCAAUGAACCGUCUGGGAGGGAAGUCUAACACUGGCGAGGGUGGUGAAGAUGCGGAGCGUUCCAUGACACUUCCGAACGGUGACUCGAUGCGUUCUGCAAUUAAACAAGUCGCGUCAGGACGAUUUGGCGUUACUGCGAAUUAUCUGUCGGACGCUGAUGAAUUGCAGAUUAAGAUGGCACAGGGAGCGAAGCCAGGAGAAGGCGGUGAACUCCCGGGUCAUAAGGUUUCGCAGUCUAUUGCACGCACACGCCACUCCACAGCAGGCGUGGGACUUAUCUCACCUCCUCCGCACCAUGACAUCUAUUCCAUUGAGGACUUGAAGCAACUGAUCUAUGAUUUGAAGUGCUCCAAUCCACGCUGUCGUGUAUCAGUGAAGCUUGUCUCUGAGGUUGGGGUAGGCAUUGUUGCUAGCGGUGUAGCAAAGGCGAAAGCAGACCACAUUCUCAUCUCAGGCCAUGAUGGCGGUACUGGUGCGUCACGUUGGACCGGCAUCAAGUAUGCAGGUUUGCCCUGGGAACUAGGACUUGCAGAGACUCAUCAGACCCUCGUGCUGAAUGACCUCCGCGGUCGUGUCACGGUCCAAACCGAUGGUCAGAUCCGCACUGGCCGCGAUAUUGCUAUAGCCUGCCUACUAGGAGCCGAAGAGUUUGGUUUUGCGACAACACCGCUAAUUGCAAUGGGAUGCAUCAUGAUGCGAAAAUGUCAUCUAAACACAUGCCCUGUUGGAAUCGCCACCCAGGAUCCGAACCUCCGCGCGAAAUUCGCCGGUCAGCCGGAGCAGGUCAUCAACUUUUUCUAUUACCUCGCUGAAGAUCUUCGCGGUUACAUGGCCAAGCUGGGCUUCCGUACGAUCAACGAGAUGGUUGGGCGGUCUGAUAUGUUGAGAGUUAACGAGUCUCUGCGGACUCCAAAAACGAAGUCCCUCGAUCUUUCUGCGAUUCUCAAGCCUGCCUGGCAGAUGCGCCCGGGUGCUGCUACGUACAAAGUUCGUCAGCAAGAUCACAAGCUUUACAUUCGCCUGGACAACAAAUUCAUUGACGAGUCGGAGCCCGCACUUACUAAGGGUCUUCCUGUUCACAUUGAGUGCGACGUUGUCAACACAGACCGUGCGUUAGGAACGACUCUCUCGUACAAGGUGUCAAAGCUUUACGGAGAGGAAGGUCUCCCAAAAGACACGAUUCACAUUUCCAUGAAGGGCUCGGCUGGCCAAUCUUGUGGAGCCUUUCUUGCUCCUGGUAUCACCAUCGAACUUGAGGGCGACUGUAAUGACUAUGUUGGAAAGGGGCUGUCAGGAGGACGCCUCAUCGUUUACCCACCGAAAACGGCGACGUUCAAAGCGGAAGUGAAUAUCAUUGUUGGCAACGUGUGCCUGUACGGUGCAACAUCGGGAGAGGCGUUCAUUCGUGGCGUUGCCGCUGAGCGCUUUGCGGUACGCAAUUCAGGUGCUAAUGCUGUCGUUGAGGGAACUGGCGAUCACGGCUGUGAAUACAUGACGGGAGGACGAGUCGUUGUGCUCGGUACCACCGGGCGUAAUUUUGCCGCGGGCAUGAGUGGUGGCAUAGCUUAUGUAUUGGAUACUGCGCAUACGUUCGCCUCAAAGGUCAACAUGGAGAUGGUUGAACUAGGGAAGGUCACCGAUCCUCGUGAGAUUGCUCUCUUACGUAGUCUGAUCGAGGACCAUCGUCACUAUACAGGUUCUGAAGUUGCAAAUCGUGUUCUCCAUGAUUUCCAUCACCUCCUCCCUCUUUUCGUCCGUGUCAUGCCAUUCGAUUACAAGCGUGUCCUUGAGGAACAAGCUGCGAAGGCAAAGGAGGAGAAGAUGCGCCUUAACAUUAUUGAGCUUGUCCCAUCGCGGACGGCCAGUCAGGUCGAUCUCGCUAAUGAGAACAUGGAAAAUAUACUCCAUCAGCCAAAGGAACUUUUCUCUGCUGCGUUGACUAUGUCGCGUUCGCAUUCAAAGGAAAAGGCAGAAACAUCUAUGGUCGACCUUGAAGACUCUAUGCUGGACGAGAAUGCAAGUAAACAGCGCAUGCAGAAGCUUGAUAAAGUCAAGGGCUUCAUGAAAUACAAACGACUCGGAGAGGCAUACCGGCCGCCGCGAAAGCGUGUCAAGGACUGGAAAGAACUUUCCACGCGUCUCACUGAAAGUGAACUUAAGUAUCAGACAGCUCGAUGCAUGGACUGUGGGGUACCUUUCUGUCAGUCUGACACUGGUUGCCCCAUUUCCAAUGUCAUUCCGAAGUGGAACGACCUCGUCUUCAAGGGCCAAUGGCAAGAUGCGCUCAACAGGCUUCUAUUAACCAACAACUUCCCUGAAUUCACAGGACGUGUCUGUCCCGCCCCGUGUGAAGGAGCCUGUGUCCUCGGCAUCAAUGAACAACCAGUCGGAAUCAAGAGCGUCGAAUGUGCGAUCAUUGACAAGGGAUUCGAAAUGGGUUGGAUGGCACCGAAGAUUCCGUCGCACAGGACGGGCAAGAAGGUUGCCAUCAUUGGCUCCGGACCUGCUGGAUUGUCAUGCGCCGACCAGCUCAACAAAGCUGGUCAUCUCGUCACCGUCUUUGAUCGUAAUGAUCGCAUGGGAGGGCUUCUCAUGUACGGUAUUCCAAAUAUGAAGCUUGAUAAGGCUGUCGUUCAGCGUCGACUUGACCUCAUGGCUGCUGAGGGCGUGACCUUCGUUCCAAACGCACAUGUGGGCGUAAACGUAGAUGUGCACCGUCUAAAGGGCGAGUUUGAUGCUGUGGUUCUUGCUACUGGAGCAACCUGGCCCCGGGAUCUGAAGAUUGCAAAUCGAACCGCGGAUGGCAUUCACUUUGCUAUGGAGUUCCUGCAGCGUAACACGGCGUCUUUACUAGAUUCUAACCUCGAGAAUGGUGAUUACAUCAGUGCGAAAGGAAAGGAUGUUAUUGUCAUCGGGGGAGGCGACACUGGCAAUGAUUGCAUAGGGACUUCUAUGCGUCACGGUGCGAAGUCAGUUACAAACUUCGAACUCCUUCCGAGACCCCCAUCUUCCCGCGAACGUGAUAAUCCUUGGCCGCAAUGGCCCCGCAUUUUCCGGACCGACUAUGGCCACACGGAGGUCGCAGCUCAUUUCGGAAACGAUCCUCGCGAAUACUGUAUCUCUACCAAGGAGUUUGUUGUUGAUGAGGAUGGAAAAUUACAGGGACUUAACACAGUUCGUGUUGAGUGGACGAAGGAUGGUGGAGGGCGUUGGAAGAUGGAGGAAAUUCCAGGUUCAGAAAAAUUCUUCCCUGCGCAGCUAGUGCUUCUUGCCCUGGGUUUCCUCGGCCCUGAGAAUGAGGUCUUAAAAGCGUUGAGCGUCAAGCAAGACGUCCGAUCGAAUAUUGUGACGCCUCAAAAGAAAUAUUCCACGAGCGUUGAAGGCAUUUUUGCUGCGGGCGACUGUCGACGUGGACAAUCUCUCAUCGUUUGGGGAAUUAAUGAGGGCCGUGGAGCUGCUGCCGAGGUUGAUGCAUGGCUCACUGAUGGUUCUACUCGCUUGCCAAGCUCGGGAGGUAUUAAGACUAGGCGCUUUGUACCGCCGCCCGUGAAUGGUACACAUAUUGUAGAAGUACAGGCUUGAGGAAAUUCCAGGAUCACGAUUAUACGACUUCACCCAUGACUUUCGGAAAUAUACUAUUGUCAACAUUGGUUUCUGGCAUCACAUUCAUGUACUUACAAACUAUUCAUGUAUUGUACACCGGUCUUGAGGCAACGCAAAUUUAUAUGUAUUUCAAAUGUUUUGCCAU